UUGAACUGGAGCUGUCAAAAGCUUGUUGCUUAAAUCUGUGCGCUGCUACAAAGUAAAGAAGAAAACGAGGUCGGUGACGCUUUAAUUAUACCGAAUAAAACGGGUUGUUACACGGACAUUGCGGGAACUCUUGACGUCUUGUUUUCGUUAGUUCCGUUGCCGUGUCGUCUGUCCGAGCCGUAUCCUCUGGGAAGCUGUUCCUUCGUGAUGAUGAGAUCAUCAACAGAAAGUGCCUUUGAGAAGAUAUCCCCGACCUGAGGUUGCACAUGCUUUCUUUAAGGUCGCACUUAACACCAACACAGGAUACCUCAACUGCAAGCCAUUUGCCACCAUUUUGCACAACGUCAGCAUCUAAAAGAAUGCUUAAGUCAAGCCAUAAGAGAAGAGGAUAAGAGGACGGAGAAAAAAAUAAGAAUGUAUGACUGAAGUGCAGUGUUUGAGGAGUAUACACUCGAAAACAAAAAAAAAAACACAUCUGCAAUUGUGUUUUUGUUUGUUGUUUUAAUGACAUUUUUCUCAGUGAUUGCCUGGCUGUCUAAUUUUUAUGCUCCAGCUGAUGUGGGAGUCACCAGGUUGUUUUAAAAGAGAGCAGGACAGUACAACUAAACGCUUUGAUUGAAAUACAGAUUUUGGUGUAUGAGCCUUUCAGACAUUAAGAUUGAAUUUUAGAACCCGUCGUCCGACCUAAACCUCUGGACAUGGCGUUAAAUAUGUCCUCAAUGAGAGACACAAAAUGGCUAACCCUGGAAGUGUGUCGCCAGUUUCAGAGAGGAAACUGUUCACGGAGCGAUGAGGAAUGCAAAUUUGCUCAUCCUCCCAAGAGCUGCCAAAUUGAGAAUGGGAGAGUGAUUGCCUGCUUCGACUCACUGAAGGGCAGAUGCUCAAGAGAAAACUGCAAGUAUCUCCAUCCACCUUCGCACUUAAAAACCCAGUUAGAGAUAAAUGGGCGCAACAAUCUCAUCCAUCAGAAGACGGCGGCGGCUGUGCUCGCCCAGCAGAUGCAGCUCAUGAUCCCUGGGCACGGCCUGCAGCCAGUGCCAACCUUUAAUGUUACGCAGGGGCUCGGCACAAAUACCGGCCUCGGUUAUGGUUCAUACAUGACGCCGCUGAGCCACGGAAUGAGCCUCAUUCCUUCAGAAAUCCUCCAAAGCACUCCAGUCAUUGUUCCCGGGAGCUCGCCUGUCACAGUGCAGUGCUCCUCCUCUUCUUCUUCUUCUUCCUCCUCAUCUCCGUCGCAGAAGCUGCAGCGCACCGACAAACUAGAGGUUUGCCGCGAGUUUCAGCGGGGAAACUGUGCACGAGGGGAGACAGAUUGCCGCUUCGCUCACCCCAGCGACAGCCCGAUGAUCGACACCACCGACAACACCGUCACCGUUUGCAUGGACUACAUCAAGAGCCGUUGUUCUAGGGAGAAGUGCAAGUAUUUUCACCCGCCUGCGCACUUGCAGGCCAAAAUCAAAUCCAGUCAGCAGCAAGUCAAUCAGACGGCCGUGGCGGCCCAGGCCACAGCUGCAGCCAUGACUCAGUCGACUGCCAAAGCAAUGAAGCGACCCCUCGAGGCAACUGUAGACCUGGGCUUUCCCCACAGCGUCUUGCAACCCCUACCAAAGAGACAAGCUCUGGAGAAGAGCACCUGGGCCAACUCUCUGCUCAGUCCUAGUUUAUUGCACUACCAACAGGCUCUGGCUAACACACAACUGCAACAGCCCACUGCAGCAUUUUAUCCCACAGGUUCAAUCUUCUGCAUGACUCCCACUAACAGCGUCGUCCCCAUGAUGUACAGUGCUACGCCUGCUACUGUCUCUGCAGCAACUACUCCCGCCACAAGUGUCCCCUACGCAGCAACAGCACCAACCAAUCAGAUCAUCCUCAAGUAACCUCCAGAAACAGAAGUCAGUGCCGCGUUGCUGCUGUUAACGGCCCCCAACAGCCUCUGUGUAAAUAUUCUGUUAACGCCACACACAACCUACAACAAGCUGCAUGCUGAUAACAUGACUGAUUUCAAAUAAUAGCCGUUAAUUUGGUCCAUGGUGAUAAAUCACUACGAUUAAACUGUGUUAGUUAGGUGUGACAGAUGAUUGUUGUACGUGUGCACGCCUUUGCACCUGCAUUAACGUGCAUCCUCAGUAAUGUGUACAAUAUGUCGGUUUCUUUCGAUGCUGUGAGGGGAGCAUUCAGCCCCUUUAACGCGUCUUCACAUAAACUAUCCUCAUGUAUGUUAGGGCACUUCUGAAUACAUUCAACCAGGACACAAGUGGAAGUCAGAUACAGUGGUAACUGAUGAAUAAUACGUCAGACACUAAACAUUUUAACUGAUGUAAAUAUUGUCUAAUCUGAACUCGGUUUUCAGCGUGUAGACGGUCCAUGUUACUGCACCUAUAUCAACACACAUUUUUGUUUCCUUCUCGAAUGUGUUAUUUAAGAUUUUUUUUGUUUGUUUCCCAUUAAUGACUAGUCAUCGAGUGCCACAUAGAAAUAUUUUAACCAAACUGUUGAAAAGCACUUAUUUGAACUCCACCUCGUGAAAGUGUAAUUUGAUAGCAGGAUUAUGACGUCCCUUUAAAAUGCUCUGGGAGGACUCCAUCUCUGUACUUUGCCCCCGUUAUCCCCUGAGAACUGCGUCAGUGCUCCACCUCCUGGUGUGCCUUUGCAUUGCAUAAACCGGUUGUUUGCUGAAAGAAAAUACUGUUAUCCACCACAUGAAGACAUUUGGUUUUUUUUUGUUUUUUUUAGUUAUUGAAAAAAAAAAAUGUUGGAUUAUUGGUCAUGAUAAUAGCUUGUAAGAGCCUCCGCAGACAUACGAGUCGACAAAAGGAUGUGGAGAUACUACUGCUCAUAUUCAAACUAACUCUCUUGUGAUCCUAUAAGGGUUGCGUGUUGUGUGAACUGUUAGUUAUAAUGUCACAGUCACUUGACAGUACUGUAUAUUUGAAUGUUACAAGUGCCUAAAGACUUGUGCAUGCAACAUCUACGCAUAUUUAAAAGGCUUUGUUUUAAAAAAAAAUAAAAUAAAUAAUAAUCACUUGAUUAAAUCUAAUAUACAGAAGUCACAGACAUUAGAAUUUAAUGUAAAAGUUUUGCAAUGUCACGUCAGUGCAUUAGUAUGUUGUUAUUCAGAUUUAGUCUUAAGAGUUUCACUGAUGCUCAAAUGUGUGUACUGUUUGUACUACGUGUGUGAGGGUUAAUAUUCAGUUUCUUUUUUUUUUUUUUUUUUUUUAAGUUUCAUUUUUAAAAUGAUAAAAGUAGUUUACAGAAAGUACCUUUUGUAGAAAAGUAGAAUUUAAGGAGGUAGACAUUUUGGUGAAAUGUAGUUCCGUAUGAUUGAUGCCACAUUAUGCAAUUACCCGUCUUUGUUUGAACCUCACAGCAGGCAGAGUGUGCAUCGUGUCCGGUUAAGAGAACAGCUGUGUCGCGUAUGCUGUGUGUUAUUUUAAAACCUCUCUUUCGUUUCGAAUUCAUUACUUUUCAAACAGCGCGUGCAAAUAUAAACCCUCAUCGCUUUCAAUGAGUUUUCAAGAGAUUUGUUCACUUUUUAUGUAUUAUGUAUUUGCCUCGUAAAACACGUUACAAUAGAAUAUACAAGUACAGUUGCAUAUUUUACUAGUUUAAUAUUAGUUAAGAACGCUUUUAAAAAUGUAUUCUCCUCUGUAUAUGAUGAAUGUAAUUUAUUAAACUGACUUUAGCUCUGCUGGAUGUUCCUCUAAGGAUCCGUUGCAUUAGCCUAUGAAAAGCCGUUUUGUGUCCAGGGAUUGAAUGCUGGAGAAAAGAGAAGCUUGAAGCAUUUCAACCUUGUCGCUGCCUUGUCACCUGUAAGGGACGACAAAACAUUUGUACGAGCAAGGCCAUAGAAUUGUGUACUAAAGUGCAUUGUACAGGCCACAUUUUAAGAAAAAGUCCUUUUCUUUUUAUGAUUGUUUGAUUUUGUUGCUGGGGCAAUCUGAAGUUGCAGUGAUUCAAACUGUAUUUUUUGUGUGAUGAUGUCUCUACUCACAUUACAGUUGGAUACUUUAUUAUGCUGUGGUAAAACACUUAAGGUGAUACAGUGCAUAAAAAAAAAAACACUUUUUGAAAAGUUAUGUUUGUGUUUUAUAUGGUUUCCACUGCAUGUUAACACAGUGCAGCAUAAAUAUCUAGCCUGUUAAUCAACUAACUCAGACGGUCCGCUGUUAAAAAAAAAACUUAAUUUGAUUGCUUUAAAAGUUUAGAUAUUCCUCUAUUUAUUUUACCUGCAAAUUAAUAGCAUAUUUCUGAAUGUUUGUGUUACAUUUUUUGGCAAAAAAAAAAAAAGCUUGAAUGCCGCAGAGGUUGUUGGAGAUGUCUGAUCACCCAGUCAAUAAGAUGUAGACAGUAAGAAUGUUUGGUCUGACUGACUGAUAGAAACAUUUCUCUCUUAAGCACUUUCUCAACAGUCGGACGACAGAGAAGACAUGCUUUGUGUGAACUUUGCCUUAUCUCCGAUGUAUUCCCAAGUUUGUACUGAGUCAGCGACUAUCGUCGGCGAAAUGAAAACCUAAAAAGAAAACCUAAUUUCACUUAGCUCUUAAAUUACCACUACAUCAGUUUUUUAGUUUGGGGCCGUGAUUGGGGUUUAUAAAACGCACCAUACCCUGACAGGCUUGAUGUCAUAGUGUGUGUGGUUGAAUUCGGUUCCGUUCCGGCCUGGAUAUAAACUUUUCCCAUUUCUUUUAAAUAUUUGUGAGAAUUAUUUGUGCAUAAGUAAACAUUUCAUGUGCAUAGUUUUGUUCCUGUAAAAUUCUACAUUGUGUAAAAUCUGAUAUUGCAAAUAAAGAAUUAAGUGUCACGUAAA